CAUUCCAUCAUCAUCGCCCGCCGCUCAGCCUGCCACCGGCCAACCAACCACAUACAGUCUCACUCACUCAUCCACCCGCCAACGACACUUCUCUCUUUCCUCCUCAUCUCCAACAUCACGACUUCAAAUACGACCACAUUACCGCACCUGGAUACGGUUUUCCAUUUGUUCAUCCGAUUCUUCACCUUCACCUUCACCAUCAUCGCCGCCAUCAUGUUGGGCCGUACCUUCGGCGUCGUUGCCACCGCGGCUGUAGGCGCCAGCGCCAUCCUCCUCCCGGCCGGCAUGGAUCUCGAAAACGACCCGAUCUUCAUCACCGGGCUCGACCCGAAGAGCCAGAUUGUCCGCAUGCCUUGCCCGAGCUGUGUCUUCUCCGCCAACGCUCAAAACCCGGCGAGCGUCCACGAAGAGUCCGACGACGACGAUCUCAUCUUCUCCGCCCAGGGAGGCGCGGUCGAUGCCGUCUUCAACGUGACCAUCUCCGAGGACAACGAGCUGUUGAUCAACGGCGACGUCUGCAACUUCUCGAGAAAGGCACGAGCCACCGGCCCUAAGCAUGUCAUCCAAGUCCCGGCCUCCGUCUCCGCGCAGGCCAUCGUCGACGGCGAAGCCAAGACCGAAUCCCUCGAGGUCGACGGCUUGGACAUCAUGGUCGGCUCCGACGGCGUGACCUCCCACCUCACAUACAACAUCUGGUCCGCCGACCGGCACCCCAUCCACCUGGACCGUCUGCGCAUCAGCCUGCUGACCCUCGACGACGGCGAGAUCAUGAUCCUCGACGCCCACUCCGAAGCCAGUGCACCCACCCACCUGAAAGUCGACCUCGACUUCCUCGCCCAGCGACCACCGACCCACCCCACCGUGGCCGAGAAGCCCUGCGACAUCUUCUGCAUGAUGAAGAGCAAGUUCGACCACCUCCGCAACUCGCACCUGGGCAAGAAACUCGGCUGCGGCACCCACAAGAACCGCCUCGGCGCCAGCCAGCCCAUCACCAUCGGCAAAGUCCCCGGCCACCUCCGGCCCCCUUUCGCCCAGCACCGUCCUCACGGCCCUCACCACCACCACCACCACGGCCGCCCCUCCUCGCUCAUCGCCCACUCCGUCCGCGUCGCCCUCUGGGUCUUCGCCUGCGGCAUGGCGGCCUUCGUCGUCGGCAUGCUGGGCGCGUGGACCAUCGUCUUUGUAUUCCUGGGGCUGCGGAAGGUGUUCUACGGUGUGCCGUUCUCCGGUCGACGGGCGGCUGUUUCCCUCGAUGAGGAUGCUGCUGAGGAAGGACACGGCCUUCUCGCUGAGGAUGACAAGGCGGAGAGGUUCGGAGAGGAGGCGCCCCCGCCGGUCUAUGAGGAUGCCCCGGCCUAUGAGGAGAAGGAGGAGCAGAAGUAGGGAGGAGGAAGCUGGAUAUGGGAAUUUAUGGGCAAACGGUCCUCCUUCUUGUCCUCGUCCUCGUUGCCGUCCUCUGCGAAAUCGACGUCAGGCGAUACCAACGUCCAUUCUCACAGAUAACGGCGGGACUGGGUGUUGUCAUUCCACGAAAGAAGAUUCGCACUCCUCGAGGAAGGAAGUCGUAGAAAUCAGGCGUUCUCUGGCGUUUCUUCCUCCCGUUCGUUUCGAUCGCUGUUUUACUCUCUUUGUAGUUUUAUCUAUCUACCUUCGCUUCCGCUUCUUUCUGCUAUCAAUUACCAUCUCUUCCUCAUACUCCCGUCUUUGUCUGCUCCC